AUGCGUGGAUGGCUCAAAAAGACGUGGUUUGGGCUGGCAUCCCUCCUGAGCUUCUCCUCCUUCGUCCUGCUCAUCACUGCCCUGGCAGUGCCCCACUGGCUGAGCGGGAAGAUCCUGUGUCAGACUGGAGCGGACCUAGUCAACGCCACGGACCCAGAGCUGGUCAAAUUCAUUGGGGACAUUUACUACGGGCUCUUUCGAGGGUGUAAGGUGCGACAGUGUGGGCUCGGGGGCCGCCGGUCCCAAUUCUCGAUCUUCCCACACCUGGUGAGGGAGCUCAACGCAGGCCUGCACGUGACCACGCUGCUGCUCCUCUUCUUGGCCUUGGCCCUGGCUCUGGUCAGCAUGGGCUUUGCCAUUCUCAACAUGAUCCAGGUCCCGUACAGGGCGGUCAACGGCCCCGGGGGCAUCUGCCUCUGGAACAUCCUUGCAGGUGGCGCCGUGGCUCUGGCCAUCGCCAGCUUCGUGGCCGCGGUGAAGUGGCACGACCUGACCGAGCGGGUCGCCAACUUCCAGGAGAAGCUCUUCCGCCUGGUGGUGGUGGAAGAGCAGUACGAAGAGUCGUUCUGGAUCUGCGUGGCCAGCGCCUCGGCCCACGCCGCCAACCUGGUGGUGGUGGCCAUCAGUCAGAUUCCCCUCCCGGAGAUUCACACCAAAAUAGAAGAGGCCACGGUCACGGCCGAGGACAUCCUGUAUUAAACGGCUUC